UCCUAAUUCCUCUGUCAACACUGACAAUCAAAAACCAGAAAAGAGGGAAAAGAACCCUAGAAUCAGAUCAGAAACCGCCGCACCUCUCUUCUUCUUCCUGAGAUUUCUCCUCUUCGAUUUCCUUCUCUACUUUUCUACUAAUUCGUAAAAAUUUGGGUUUUGUUCUCCACUAAGUUUUGGGUUUUGCAGAGAUAUCUAUUUUUUCUUCUCAAUUCCUUCCUACUCAUCCUCGCCGAUCGCCGCCAGAACUGAACAUCUUUGGGGUGAGUGAUUUCUUGCUUUGAAAUGAAGUCAGAGGAUAUAAACAGGUGUCAAAUUCAGGAAUGGUUCCCUAAAUUCAAAUCCAUAUCCAUUAAAACUUCAAUUCACGACCUUCCCGAGGCCUUUGUCCAAUACCUAAUUGACGAUUCUGGUCCUUUUCUGCUCCCUCUUUCAAUCACAAACGAUGAUGCCUUGCCCAAUAGAGUCCACAAACCCGAGGAAGAGGUAGAUUUUGUUGUGUCGGAGGGAUCCGGAGACGAAGCAGAGGAAUCCACGCCGCCCCCUUCGUUCCCUGAGCUAGAAUCAGAGGUUAAAGCAUCCAUUGAAUCUCUUGGGGGUGCUGUCUUUCCUAAGCUUAACUGGAGUUCGCCUAAAGACGCUGCGUGGAUGAGCUCGACCGGGAGUCUCAGAUGCACCAAUUUCUCCGAGAUUGCACUCUUGCUGCGAUCUUCAGACUCGGUAGUUCAUGAUCUCUUCCAUGCGUAUGAUUCCUGCACGGACAAGGCUGCAUCAAGGCCGUCAAGAUUCUACCUUGCACUGCGGAAAUGGUAUCCCUCGCUGCACCCUGAGAUGGAGUUUCGUUGCUUUGUGCGUGAUAAAGCCCUGGUGGGUAUUUGUCAGCGGGAGGUGACUAACUUCUACCCACUUCUUGUUGAAAAGAAGAGUGAAUUGAAAGAGGCGAUCGAACAGAUUUUUGUGGAGAAGAUAAAGGGGGAGUUUGAAUCUGAAAGCUAUACGUUUGAUGUGUAUGUUACAAAAGAUGGGAGGGUUAAGGUUUUGGAUUUUAACCCAUGGGGUGCGUCUACGCUUCCCUUGCUUUACACUUGGGAGGAAUUGGAAGAGUUGUCGGGCGAGGAAGUGAAGCUGAGGAUUGUUGAGAGCCGCUGUGGCAUUCGUCCGGGUUUGAAAACUGCAGUGCCUUAUGAUUAUUUGGAUACUAGUGAAGGGAGCGGGUGGGAUCAAUUCCUGAGGAAUGCUGAUGUGGAGCUGCGGAAGCAGACGCAAUCAUCGUUGUCUAAAGCAGGAGGGUGAAGCAUUGUAGUAGAUUGUAUGAGGCAGCUGGAAGAAUUUUUUUUUGUAUAGUGCAGAAAAUUAAUUUGAUGGAAUUCCUGUUUGAUGGCAACUGAUAUAUCGGCUAAUCGUUCUUGAUUCUCACAUAUCAUCACCACAUUAUAAAACUCAUGUUCGAGCAUCCAAAUUGAUUGCGGAAAGCCCGUUUGCAAGUGCUUUUUCACCCAACCGUUGAUCGAAGUGGUGCGAUUUUUCGGGAUGAGACCACUUUCGGAAGAAGGCAAGGUGACGGAGCGCAAUAGCUCCAAUGAGCAUACUACUCCGAUAAAAUGCGACACAGACACCGGCAGAGCCAGCAUAGAACAAGGGGUACAUACACAAGCUCUCGGUGGUGCAGUGGUGGGCGAGUUGUUUCCUCUCAUUGGAGAGACCCAGGUUCAAUUAUUCAUUGGCUCAUCUGUUUUCCAUCGUGUGUUGACUAUUUUUGUGUACUUAUUUACAUAGAUUUUAUAUUUGUAAAUUAUUAUUCUGUUUCUAUUUUGUAUAUUAAUUUUGUUAAUGAACCUCAACUCCUAUUCGCGAACGGAUGGAGUAUAUUAGUACAUAAUAAGUUUUUUCUA